UUUCUUCCAAAGACCCCCCAACAAAUUAAAUUGAAAAAUUAUGAACACCAUAUCAACCCUUCGUUCUUCUCUUCGCGCUGCCAACUCCCACCGCACGUGCCUGCAACCUCUAGCACGUGCCCUCUCCACAACUCCUUCCGGCACCGACGACCUCACCAAGAAAACCCAAACCGAAGCCGAGAAAAAACCAAAAGGCAAUAAUACAUCAACACCACCAAAUCUCAAGACCAGCGAGCUUCCUCCGCCGUUGGAUCCAUCUCUCCAGCAACGCCGGCGAUGCCACGUGUCCAAAGAAGCCCUCGACGGCGUAUCCUGCGUGGGCUUCGACGGAGGCAUCAUCACCGGCGGUGACUGGAAAGAGGACUUCAAGGAGUACUACGAGGAUCACAAGCCAUCGCCUUUAGCGGAGAUCGAGAUCGUGGAUACGAGAAAGCCGAUAACGAAGGCGAUCGAUGAGCGAUGGGAGGAGGGAGUAGUGGGGGCGGCGAUGGUGGAGGAGGACACGGUGGAUGCGGCGCUGGAGCGAGCGGAGAGGUUGUUCAGAGAGGCGGCGGAGAGAGGGGAUCCGGAGACGCCGCACUCGAAGGCGCUUGCGAGAAUGAUAGCGAUGCGCGAGAGGAAUCACUCUGAUGCUUUUUGCCGGCUUAUUUAGGGUUUGUAAAUGUGAGUAAAAGUUUAAAUAUUAGUUUGUAGAGGGGUGUUUUUGUAUAAAUUUUUGUGGGUUUUUAUGUAAAUUGGUGGGGUUUUGAUGCAUGUAAAAUGUAAUAAUUGUCUAAAAAUUAGUUGUGUGAUAUAAUUGUAAAAUUUGUUAAGUU